AUGAAAGAUGGCCUGGGCCUCUGGAGUGACCUUCAGGUUGAAACAGGGCUGGAGGAGGCUGGAGCCAUCUCUAGUGGAGCAUCAUCCAAGCUGGAGUUUGAGCAGUACCGGGAGAGAGGAGGGGCAGAACUGUGCUUUGUGGAGAAGGAGCAGAAGCAACCAGCAAUGGAGAAAGCAGCAAGCUUCCAUUUCUUCUGCCUUCUGCUGGUUGCCAGCACUUUAUUUGAGACCACAGAAGCAUUUGUCUUCAGUGCCUCUCUAGAGCUGGUCUAUUUUAACAGCACCAGCAAGACCAGUGUCACCCAGCAGUGCAACUGUGGCGUCUAUGGCUCAGGAUCUCCUCGCUGUAGCGCCUCGGGGAUCGUGGCCAUUCCUGCCUCCGGCAGCCUUCAAGCCUGCGCCCCAGACACCCAGUUCAGCGCCAGCCACCGGCCCUGGAUCGCGCUGAUCCCAAGCGGCAGCUGCAGCUUUGCUGACAAAAUCCGGGUGGCAGCCAGACGGGGAGCGGCGGCCGUUGUGAUCUACAACGCGCAGGGCAAAGGCAACGACGUCUUCCCCAUGAAGCAUCUCGGUGAUGAAAACAUCGUAGCCAUUAUGAUUGGCAACCUGACAGGGACAGAGAUCUUACACCACAUCGAGAGCGGCCUGAGAGUGACCAUGGCUAUAAAAGCAGAGAAAACACAUCAUCUCUCGAUGCUCCAGUACACCCUCAUCAUCAUCAUUGUGGUUUUUCUCAUAAUAGAAGUGUCAGCCCUGUACAACUACAUUCGUUAUUACUUUCAGAGACGCAGGAUUGCGACGGCCCUGUCUGACAGUCAGCAACAGCUGCGGGCCAUGACUAAGUUGGCCAUAGAACAUUUCGAGCUGCGCACCAUGAAGCAAGGGGACAAGGAGCUGGGACCUGAAGGAGAAAUCUGUGUUGUGUGUCUUGAGCCCUUCCAGCCGAAGGAAGUCGUGCGUGUCCUGACCUGCAAGCACCUCUUCCACCAGCGCUGCAUUGACCCCUGGCUCGUGGAGCACGCGACAUGCCCGCUGUGCAAAUGGGACAUCGUCAACGUGCUGCGUGUUGAGGUGGACAUAGAAGCGGCCGAGCAAGCCAGAGGAUCCAGUGGCACAGAAAAUGUCUCCACAGUUGAUGAAGUGGGUGACGUUGGUGGAACUGCACCAUCUGAGCAGGCUGCUGUACAAGCAGGAGAUGAACACGUGGCGGAGGAAGAGGCACCACGUGGGAGAACUGGAUCCUGA